AGGGAUGGAUUUGCUGCCAGUGGGAACUAAUCGACCUGUUGAGUGGAUUAGGGACAGAGUCCUCAGACGCACUGAUGUAUCACACAAGGUAGCGGCAUAAAGCAAAAAACCAGCCAAGAUUAGGCACUGCCCUACACAUGUAUCUGGGGUCCAUCAGCAUGUCGUGCUGGAGUGAGGCGAGCUUCAGUGCUGUCCUGCUGGGGCUCCUGGGACUCUGCUGGGGGAGUCUCUCUCCACGCAUGUCUUUCUUCAUUGGUGACCCUGAAAGAGCCUUGACCCACUUCACCAGGCCCGACGCCCAGAAUACCACCACCCUGCUGCUUAGUGAGGAUGGGGACACACUUUUCGUGGGAGCACGUGACGCUUUGUUUGCUUUGGAUGUCAGCAAGCCCGGGGUCAUAGAGAUGAUGCGAAAGCUGGAUUGGGAGCCAACUAAUGAGCUAUCUGUGUGCCAAUAUGUGGAUAAAAAGGGGGAUUGCCACAACUUUAUCCGGGUCCUUCAGCUCAUCAAUGCGACUCACAUGUACGCCUGCGGAACAUUUGCCUUCAGCCCCCGCUGCAUAUACAUAAAUCUACAGACAUUCAACUUUGAUUCAACAGCAGAGAGCGGUAAAGGUCAAUGCCCCAUGAGUCCGUAUUCGAGAAACACGGCCAUUGUUGUCGAUGGUGAGCUGUACGUAGGCACCCCCGAGGACCUCUGGGAGAAUCAACCGGGCAUCUCGCGCUACUUGAGCCAGGAGGGCCGCAAAAACCUAAAACUGGUUGAAAAUCGGUUGAAAAAAGCCACCUUCAUAAGCUCCACCUUUGUGUCCAGUGAGAACAAGGUCUAUUAUUUCUUGAAUGAAGUCAGCACCGUCCUUGAUAAACACAUCGUCCCCCACGUUGCACAGGUUUGCACGAGCGAUGUGGGUGGGCAGCGUAUCCUGUGGAAGCAGUGGACCACCUUCGCCAAAGCCGGCCUCGUGUGCCAGUCAGCCGGCAGUCUGCCGUUCAACGUCAUGCGGGACGUCGUCACCCUUCCGCCACUCGAGGACUUCAGUCCAGAUGAAACACUCUUCUACGCACUUUUCAGCUCUCAGUGGUCUGUGAACUCAAAGCACUCUGCAGUGUGUGUAUUUCGACUUGGAGACGUCAAGAAUGUUUUUUCAGGAAAAUACAGGUCAUUUAAUGAGAGAAUACGGAGCAGCGUCACUCCAGGAACGUGCGGAAUACCUCCUGAUUCUGAUGCCGACCUUAAUUUUGUGAAGGAGAACUUUGUCGCUGAGGCUAGUGUGAAUUCGGCGGAAAAGGGCUUCAUUCUGAUGCCAGAUCACAAUUAUAGCAAUCUGGCUGCUCUGAGGACUAAGGCAGCUAAUGGCAGAAGCUACACUGUGCUCUUCAUGCUUACUGAAUCCGGGUUCCUUCACAAGGUGGUUUUAUUGGAAAAGGGCCCCCAUGUCAUAGAAGAAACCCAAGUUUUCAAGCGACCGCAAUCUGUCAAGAACGUCCUCCUCUCCAUUACCAAGGAUGUGGUAUUCGUGGGGACCUCCGAGGGGGUGUUUCAGGUGCCCAUCUCCAACUGCUCCUUCUACUGGAACUGCGGGGAGUGUGUGCUGGCCCAAGACCCCUUCUGCGGAUGGGACCCCGACCAAGGUGUCUGUUCCAGGGUGACGGGAGACCCUGCUGGACUACGCCAGGAUGUGGAAAACGGAAAUGCAAUGGAGGCAUGUAACCUUUCUAACGAAAGUAGUGAAGUAGAGAAGCGUCCAUCACCAGAGCUAUUGCCUGUCCUUCUGGAUAAAAUGGUGCACCUCCGAUGUCCCAAGGCCUCCAAUUUUGCCUCGCUACGCUGGGAGCGCUCCGACGGACGCCAGCUCGACCAGGACACCUACCUACAGCAGGCUCGGGGCAGCCUGCAGUUCCCAGCCUUGCCGGAUACGCUGGGACAAUACCUUUGCAUUUCACUGGAGAAUGGCCACGAACAGACCCUGUACAGUGUGAUUGUGAUGCAGGAUGGACCACAGAUUGGAAGCAGGGAUGGAAGCAGGAACUUUAGGGGGGUGCUGGUGCUCUCUGUUUUACUCGCAGCGUCGCUCUGCCUGAUUGCUCUGGGGGGGGUCUGUAUGCUCAAGCAAAGACACUAUCUACAUGCUCAAGCGAAGACAUUGUCAGACCGGUGUGAAGCCAGGGACUAGUGUGAGCAGCAGUUCUUACCAAUGUAAUGUACACAGAUGCACAUAUACUGCUUCCACUUUUUUAAUCAGGGUCGUUUUUAAUCUUUAUGUUAUAAUUAUAUUUCUUGUUCUGUAGUUAUGAAUUUUGGUUCUGCUUUUAUUAUAUCUGGGUUUGACUGGAACUUCAGCAAGUCUUUGUGGUGUCUGGGGAGUCACAGUAUCCAGGGUAAUGUCAACCUACCACCACGAAGGAUGGAUCGCAUCCAACGGGAGUAACUGUUGAUGCUAGAGGAAGCUGUCUGAAAUAAAACCACAGCUGCGCAGCUCACUGCAGAA